AUGUUGCAAGAUUUAUUCUAUGCUUCUCAACCUGACAAUUUUUCUGAUAUCCGAUGUGAUAUUCCCAAGCUCAUAGGAGAUAACUAUAAGGUGUGGAAGGAAAGAAUUCUCCUCUAUCUAGGAUGGAUGGACAUAGAUUAUGCUAUUAGGAAAGACGAACCACCUGUAAUUACAGAUGAAAGUACUCCAACUGCAAUCGCACUAUAUGAGCAUUGGGAAAGAUCCAACCGACUCAGUGUGAUGUUCAUUAAGACUAAGGUCACAGGUGGAAUACGUGGUUUCGUCGAUCAACAUGAGAAUGUCCGUGAUUUCCUGAAAGUCACGGACGAUCAGUUCGUCACUUCUGAAAAGACUUUGGAAGAAGAAAGGCUUGUAAUGGAACAUAGUGAGAGUGCAUUCCUGACAAGCACCCGCGGGAAGAAUAAAGCUGCCAAAACUGACAAGUCUCAAGCCAAAGGGAAAUUCAAAAUACCACCGCAAGAAUGUGUUGGGAAUGGUAUAUUGUCUGAUGGUCUUUAUCGUAUCAAUUUAUAA